AUGGAUGAACCUACUGAAACCGUGACAGCACAGCCCAGCGCGACGGGUAGUGCCGGCGCGAACGAAGAGCUGCAUAUGGAGACGAUAUCGCUGUCAGAUAAGGUCGACGGGCAAGGCGCGUCUGCGACGGGCGACGAUGAUGGCGACGACGACGGCGACUCGCAGGCGACGUCGCAGCUGGCGGCGACAUCGCAGCCGACGGAGGCGAGCGACUUCGACGACAAGUCGGACGACGAAAUGGAGGCGACGAAGGGCGGCGAGAGGGUGCUGAGCGCGGAGGAAGUGGAGCGCGUGCGAAUGAUGCUGACGAUCGUGGGCGACCGCGAGCGACGGGAACUGGAGGCCAAAUACCCGGAGCUGAAGCAGCAGCCGCUAGCGCGCGAUGCGAGCGGCAAGGAGGAGGGCGACGACGACGACGACUCGCCGCCGCGACUCAUCGUCCCGGUCGGAAAGGAUCUGGUACGCCCCGCUGCUCCGCGCUUGCUCGCCUCCGCUUGCGCAUCCGCCGCUUCCGCAACCGUCGCUCGCCAUCGCAUCGGAUUCUCGCCUGGGCAUCCCUUGCGUCCCCUGGAGGCGACGCUGGGCGACAAUCCGUUCAUGCUCGACUUCGGGAUUCGCAGCUGCGCCUUCUCGUACAGCCAUUUCGUCGGCAUGCGACGAAUUAAAGCCUUCUCCGAACCCGACGCCUCCGCGCGCUCGUACAUCGCGUCCACGUCAGCAAAGAUUCGCGGCAACGCGGUGGCGAUUAAAGACAAACUCGAGGAGAACUGGCCGAAACUGCAGUCGUCGCUCGCAGCCGCCAUUGGCGAGUCACUGACUGCCACGUGGCAGUGGGUGAAGGAUCACAAACCAACGGGGUUGCCCAUUCCGGGCGUGCCGAAACCGGAAGGCGGAGCUGCGGAGAAGGCGGAGGGGGAGGGGGAGGGGGAGGGGGAAGCAGGGAAGGAGAAUGGAGUAGUAGAGGGGCCGGUGGCCGAAGGAGGUGAAGCAGCAGCGAAGGGGAAAGUCGGAGAGACAGAAGGCGAGGACGCAACGAGAAAGGUGGCGGGAGCGAGAAGCACAGAAGGCGCAGAGGAGGUUACAAUUGUUACUGAUGAAAAGGUUGAAGGGGAAACGAAGUCGGAAGAAGCGAAGCAAGGAGAAGGAGCGAGCAACGAGAGUUCAGUAGAGGAGAGAAAAGAGGAAGUGUUGGACGAGAGGGAGAGGGCGAGGCGAGCCAAGGAGGAGGAGCGGCAGGCGAAGGAGGAGGCUGCGCGCAAGGAGGAGGAGGCGCGGCGGGAGCUGGAGGCGCUAGUGGCGCGCAUGGAGAAGUGGGAGAUCCUCUUCCGCAACCCCUCCCUCGCUAGCGCCCCCGCGCAGACCCUCCAGUUCGCGUGCAACGCCGCAGGCCUGGCUCUGGUGCACCAGAAGCUCGCCACGUGGCAACAGGUGGUGGUCUCGCCCGCCGUGCUGCUGGACGCCUCGCUGGCCGUGAUUGUAGCGAACGGAGGCACAGUGCCCGAGAACAAGGGCUACCAGCCGUCCUUCCCAGGGCACUACCUACCCAAGAGAAUAGGGGAGUCGCUGCUGCUGUCACCACAGAACUUCAUGGCGCUGGCGGUGACGCUGCCCGCUCGCCUGCGCACGUCCCCCUGGAGAUUGCUCUACUCCACGGCCAGGGAUGGCAUCAGCAUGGCAACACUGUUUCGGAAGAUCAAGGGCAAGGGCGCGUGUCUGCUGGUUGUGCGUGACUCAAAUAAAUACGUGUUUGGGUGUUUCACCAACGAGGAGUGGCGCCCCAUGGACCGAUACUACGGCAAUGGGGAGUGCUUCGUCUUCCAGGUGCAGCCGGAGUGUGUGGCGUACAGGUGGGCGCGCACCAACAGCUACUUCAUGCUCUCCAGCAACGCCAUGCUCGCCGUGGGGGGCGGCAACCACCACAGCCUGCUGCUGUAUGCUGAUCUCCUCACAGGCGCCAGUGCACCGUGUGACACCUUUGGCAGCGCCAUCCUUGCCAGUUCGGAGGAGUUUGAGGUGGCACAAGUGGAGAUCUUUCAUUGGUCAGACAUGGUGGAUUUGAUUCCGCCAUUGGCGUGGCUGCACAUAACGGUGGGCGUCGUGGGCGUGCUGAUAAUGACCUACACCUUCAUGAUGCGCAAGCUGAAAGAGGAUCUGCUUAUAUCGGAGACGUUCGCGGCGCUGGUGGUGGGCGUGCUGCUGGGGCCGCACUGCAUCCGGGUGUUAGACCCUCACGGCGCCUUGGGAGAAGCCACGGCGCUUGCUGUGCUGCAAGAGCUCUCCCGCUUGGUCCUGGCAGUGCAGCUCGUCUCAGCCGGGCUGGGCUUACCUCUCAAGUACGUGGAGCGGCAGUGGCGGACGCUAGCCGUGCUCCUCGGCCCCACCAUGCUGGCCACGCUGGGCAUCUCCUUUGCUCUCGCGCUCGCACUGCUGCCGCACGCGGGCGUGGGGUGGCAGACGUGCCUUCUCGUGGCGGCCUGCCUCACGCCCACGGACCCCGUGCUGGCCUCCACUGUCCUGCAAGGCCGCUUCGCUGAAAUGCACCUGCCAGCGCCGCUGCGCUUCAUGUUACAGGCGGAGAGUGGGGCAAACGACGGCAUGGCACUGCCGUACGUGUCGCUGCCCAUCGCUCUGCUGCUGCAACCGUCUCUCAAGCUCGCCCUCACGAACUGGCUCGCUGUCGCCUGCGCCUACCAGGUGGGGCUGGCAAUAGCAGCAGGGCUGGCAUACGGGCUGAUCGCGCGGGGCCUGCUGCUUCUGGGCGACCGCUACGGGCUGAUAGACGAGCCGUCCUUUCUCGCUCACAUCAUUGGCCUCGCGCUUGGCGCCCUGGGGCUCGUCCGUGCCGUUGGUGCGAGCGGGGUGCUGGCAGUGUUCGUGGCCACAAUCGCCUUUUCCAGCCGGGAACCCACAGCGGAGGAGGGGCGGUACGACGCGAUAAACGGCAUAGAGAUCAUCGUCACCAUCACCUACUUCACCUACUUCGGCGCCUUCCUCCCCUUCGCCGCCUGGCGCGCCCUCGGCGUCCCCCGCCUCCUCCUCUUCAGCGCGCUCGUCCUGCUGCUGCGCCGCCUGCCCGUGCUGCUCGCGCUUGCUCCCUGCCUGCCGGAGCUGCACCGGCAGGUGGGGUCCAAGCGAGCAGUGUAUUGUCAGGCCGGGUUUGCGGGCUUCUUUGGGCCGAUUGGAGUGGGGGCUGUGCUGUAUGCGGCACAGGCGUGUGAGGAGCUGGGGGGGGAUGCGACAGCAGCGCACGUGGUGCUGUUUGUGGUGGUGGCGUCGGUGGUGGUGCAUGGGGUGACUGCUGCGCCCUUGUCUCGCCUGCUGUCGUCGUGUAUAAAGCGAGCCGAGGAGGAGCACAGGAUCUAA